AUGGCGUCCACAAAUCCAUUCGACAACCCUCCUCCGUCAGACCCUCACCCUGAGCCUGAAUCUGAACCCAACCGUGACCCUCAACCUCAACUCCACCAUCCACCCACAUCUCCCACCUUAGCAGAGAGCACGAUGCCUCCCCCAAAGACAGCCCUCCAAGUCGACUUCUCCCUCAAAAAAUGGAAAGUCAUCAUCAGCCCCAUCUCCACGUCCUCCAGCUCCCCAGAACCCUCCGACUCGGCGCUCUACCGCAUCGACACACAAUCCACACGCCGACCACAAAUGCUCUUCCGACGCGCCAACGCCCCUGAAUCCUCUCCCCCCUUCGGCACCGGCACGCUCCACACCUUCAGCAUAAACCCGGACUACACGCUACACAACACUUCGCAACCCCUCACGGCUACGAAACGCUUCCGCACAUCCUACACCUACCAAUCAGCCAUCUUCUCGCGCGUCCCCGGCCAGACGGAAACAAUGACAUGGACAUCCACAAGCGGAUUCAAGAACUGGGAUUUCAUCCUGCUCGACGGGGACAUGUUGCCUGUGGCGCGGUAUUCGAGUCGUGUGUGGGCGGUGCGGAAAUGGGGCAAGAUUGAGUUCCUGGGCGAGAGGACGGAAGAUGAGCGUGCAAGGGAGGAGAUCGUGGUUACCGGUUUGGUGUUGUUUUUCUGUAUGGUGGUGAGGGCGAGUAGUAUUUUUGCCUUUUUUGGAGCGUGCUUUUAUCGUCCGGGCGUGAAUGUGAAGAGGAGUUUGGAGGGCGGGAAGGGUGAUGUUCAUGUUGAUGUUGAUGGCGAUGGUCAUGGGGGUAGGAGGGAGUGA